AUGACUCAACCAAAGGGUAGGAUAAUCUUUUUACACGGCUUCACUCAGAGCUCGUCGAUAUUCUAUGCCAAAACUUCAGCUCUUCGCAAGAAGCUUUUGAAACUGAACUAUGAUAUCAUAUAUUUGAAUGCACCACUAAAGCUUACGCCAGCGGACUUCCCAACCACUGAUUCACUUUCCAAAUUUGGGACGGUAAUAGCAGAACCAGACGAAGAAACUAACUAUAGAGCUUGGUGGUUUAAAAAUACAGGUAAAAUCGACACAGUACCUGCCAUUGCAACCAUUGAAAAAUUCUUGGAGACUGGCCAAGUACAUGAGGAUGAUGAUACAAAGGAUAAGAAGUAUUUAGCAUCAUACAAAGAAACUGACGAAGUUCCUAUUGUUGGAGUAAUCGGAUUUUCCCAAGGUGCUGCAUUAGCUGGAGCACUUGCACGUAACUUCAAUACCUUGUUCGGAGCUAAAGCCAGUGGUAAGUUAGAUUUGAGGUUUGUAGUGCUGUACUCUGGAUUCAAAGUAGAAUUUGACGAAUUCAAAGGGUUUUAUGAAUUCGAUAGUUCAAAUGUAGAGAAAAAGGAUGCCUUCAAGAUGCUUCACGUUAUAGGAGAGUUGGAUAGUGUUGUUGAGGAAGAUAGGGCUCUAAGCUUGUACAAAGAGUUCGAACUGAAGAGUGACAUCUUGAAGCACCCUGGUGGACAUUUCGUUCCAAACUCCAAAAUGUUAAUAGACCAAGUUGUCAAUUGGAUAGAAAAUGCCAUGAUUCAUGAAAAGGCGGAAACUGAGAAGAAGGAGGAUGACUUGGAUGACUUAGAUGCUCUUAUGGAUAUGAUGGACAAUUUGGGUAAAGUUUAG